AUGGAUACGGGGGAGUAUGAGUUUCCCUUCUUGCAGGAGGUCUUCUCUCCUCGUGAAUCGCACAAGAUCGAUUUUGUUUUCGUCCAUGGCCUGAACCCAAGCGGUCGCAAUGACCAUCCUUUCCAGACAUGGACGCAUAGCAAUGGCAAGUUUUGGCCGAGGGACUUCCUGGCCGAGGACAUACCAUAUGCGCGCGUCUUUGUUUAUGGAUACAAUUCAAGCAUCACCCAUCCACAGACCAUGUCUACGGCUAGCAUCAAGGACCAUGCGAAUACGCUGUUGAAUUUAUUGGACAUGGAACGCGGCCCUCAGAUGGGAUCUGUUCCACCGAAAGUGAUAUUUAUCGGUCAUAGUUUGGGAGGAUUAGUGAUCAAACAGGCACUGCUCAAUGCUAAAGAAGAUCCAAAAUAUACCUCUAUUCGUUCGGCAACUUCUGGUCUUGUCUUCUUCGGUACACCUCAUCGUGGCGCGAAAGCUGUGGAACUGGGGAAAAUUGCAGCCCGGGUUGCUCGCUUUGUCUCCAAAGGGCAUGCCAGCAAUGACCUUCUUAACUGCCUGGAGUUCAAUUCCCUUUUUACCCGACAGAUGACCGAUCGAUUCCGACAUCAACUAGAAGAUUAUCGUGUUGUUAGCUUUAUCGAAGGGAAGGAGGUGCAGAUAGGGGGAGUUGGACCAGCAUCUAUCAGCCAUCUUGUGGUUGAUGAAGAGUCUGCAGUUCUUGGGUUGUCCGGGUUACGCGAAACUCAACUCAAGCUCGACGCAGAUCACUCGCAGAUGUGCAAGGUGAGCUCUCGGGGUCCGAUGUAUCGCUUGAUAAAAGGCAACAUCAAACAACUGGUCGAUCAGGCGCUUUUGUCGGAGCAAGGCUUCAUUCCCCCAUCGAUACCUUCAAGUACCGCGUCAUCCCCACCGCCAGUCCCACCACGCCUUCAUUCAAAUAGUAGCACGCCAUACCAUGGGCAGGGCCGCCCAUCUCCUUCGACACAAAGGGUGACAGGAAUGAUUUUCAACGCUCUGGAUAAUGACCCACGGUCUGUUCGCUCCGCAGAACUCAAGAAUCGGGCUCGAUGGGACGAAGCCCGAACCGUCGAAUAUGAGAUUUUCCAGGAGCACUUGCGCAGCCUUGGUCCGGAUCAUUUCAGUACACUAUCAGUGGCAUACAAUCUAGCUGAGGUGGAAAUGGAGUCCGGCUACCUAGAUAAAGCAAAUGAAUGGUGUCAUUGGGUAUCCGGAAAUGCCCAACGCGUCUUUGGGACAAAACAUCCCCUGGCACUGAAGACGGAAAGUUUGACUGCAGAGGUCUUGUGUCAACAGGGCAAGUACCAAGAGGCCGAGUCGGUCUGCGCCAACGUGUUGGCCCGUCAGCAAAUGACUAUCGGCGAAGACCACCUGGACACCUGUGACACUCGGCGCCGACUGGGAAUGACCUACAAUGGGCUAGGUCGCCGGGAAAAUGCCGUUAUGACUGCGGAAAAGCUGACAGACACCCUAAAGCGUCUGCUUGGAGAAACCCACAUUCGUGUAUUUGUCAUUGCGUUGGAUGCUUUGGAAUACAUCGUGAGCAACCAUUCUGGGAACGAAAAUACCUUAAUUGUGAUGCGUUUUCAACCCGAUGUACAACAAGCAGUGGGUAUAUCGUUACAGGUCUACCAAGAGCUUCGGAAUGCCUUGGGUCAUGGACACCCGGUUACCAUUCGCGCUCUCUGUCUCCACGGCCGAGCACAAAACUUUAUGCAGCAGAGUAUAGAGGCCUCAGAGACCCUGCGCCGGGCUUUGGCCAGUGCCGAAGAAACAUUAGGACCCGAUCAUCCGCUGACAUUAGAAAUCGUGGGCAACAUUGGCAUUAUGUACGCUGCGCAAAAUAGCUAUGCCCAAGGUUCACUCACCAACAGUCCUGCGGAAGCCUUCCCCUGGUUGAUACGAUAUUUGAACUGGGUUGAACAGCGCAAAGGCAAAAACAACCACGAAGCGCAAGCCACUUUGGAGCUUCUGGCCAGUCUACAUUUCAACGCUAGAGAGUACGAACCCGCCCAGAAUUACUAUGAGCGCCUCGUGGCGAAUAUUCGCGGGGCCGACUCAGCAAUGACCGAGCGCGUCAACACUCGGCUUCAACUGUGCCGGGCGAACACCAUGUACACCCGUCGGGGCCUGGGAUCGGGACUAGGAGGGUUUUUGUCCAGCUUGCAGCGAUACUGA